AUGGUGGGCGUGGGGGCGGUGGCGGUGGUGGUGGUAGUGGUGGGCGUGGUGGCGGUGGCGGUGGUGAUGGUUGUGGUGGGCGUGGUGGCGGUGGCGGUGGUGGUGGUGAUGGUGGGCGUGGGGGCGGUGGCGGUGGUGGUGGUUGUGGUGGUAGUGGUGGCUGUGGCGGUGGUGAUGGUGAUGGUGGGCGUGGCGGCUGUGGCGGUGGUGAUGGUUGUGGUGGGCGUGGCGGCUGUGGCGGCGGUGAUGGUUGUGGUGGGAGUGGUGGCGGUGGCGGUGGUGAUGGUUGUGGUGGGAGUGGUGGCUGUGGCGGUGGUGAUGGUGAUGGUGGGCGUGGGGGCGGUGGCGGUGGUGGUGGUUGUGGUGGGAGUGGUGGCUGUGGCGGUGGUGAUGGUGAUGGUGGGCGUGGCGGCUGUGGCGGUGGUGAUGGUUGUGGUGGGCGUGGCGGCUGUGGCGGUGGUGAUGGUGAUGGUGGGCGUGGCGGCGGUGGCGGUGGUGAUGGUUGUGGUGGUAGUGGCGGCUGUGGCGGUGGUGAUGGUGAUGGUGGGCGUGGCGGCGGUGGCGGUGGUGAUGGUUGUGGUGGUAGUGGCGGCUGUGGCGGUGGAAAUGGUGAUGGUGGGAGUGGCGGCUGUGGCGGAGGUGAUGGUUGUGGUGGGAGUGGCGGCUGUGGCGGUGGUGAUGGUGAUGGUGGGCGUGGUGGUGUUUGCCCUGGCAGUGAGAGGAGUGGUGAGUUCGAAAAGUUAG